CCUACUUCUUGCCGCAUCUUCAAUCUCAUCUCAGCGGAGUACUUAAGCAUGGUGAUCGUCUUCGGUCGAAUUGAUCCUGCUUCUCCUCUAGCUCAAACCGGCGCGGCCCUUUGCGUACGACAAACCAUCGGAAAGCUCUCAAUUCUGAAGCCAUCGUCUCCUUCUCCUGUCAAUCCCAAGUCAAAGUCUGGCUCAGAUCUCAUUGAAUCGUCUCACCCUUGCACUCAGGAGACGGAGCGAACGGGGGUAGACGAAAUGAUGACCAUUUGCAAAGCUCUUAUCUACUUUGUCAUGAUUCAGCUCCUGCUAAUGAUUGCUACAGCAGUCAUUCUGUGGCUGGCCUGGAGGUCUUGGGUUCUGUACACCGAGCCUAAGCCAUUUUGCACCACUUUUGAAAGCCGAAUGUGGGUCGCGCUCGGGUUUUGCCUUUUCCCCCUAGUCGUCAUUAUCUUUGUCGGAAUUUGUAUGAUGAUCUCCAGCUUUUAGCCGUCAAAACCCCCAGUCAUGCACUAUUCCUGGCAUGGCUCGUCUCCGGCCGCCUGCGAAGAUUUGGGGCUCUUUUUUUUAUUCGAAUCAUUAUGCGUGUUCUUGUGCAUGCAAUGCUUCUGUAAACUGUGUCCGGUGGAUGGUCAUCCAUCGUUUGGGGGGUAGGAUUAAGAUGAGGUUCCGUUUUAUGUGGUUGUUGCACAUUCAAAGUAAAUCUUCUCAGAGCCUAGCGAUAUCCCCAUUACAUAGGAACGGCUUACUGCCUGCGUUGUGACGACGGCAAGCAGCAUAAUCCCGCCGCGACAAGACCGGUCUCAAUGAGCUGUUGGCCUGGAAGUUGAGCGGUAAUAAUGAUCCCA